CAUCUUUUUUUGUGUGUGUUCCAUUUGGCGGAGCUCAAUUGUGGUGCCACGUCCUUUAGCAGCCUGUGGAUCACUUCCAGGAUUGUAUGUGUUGUUUUUGAUUGACAGACAUCCUCGUCUAGAUCCUCCUCUACCAAAAAAAAAAAAAACCUGACAGCUUGGAUUCUGUGACCACACCACACCUUUCUCACGCAGGGUGAGAAAUCCUGAUGAACGGGGUUGUGUUUGCAUGCAGGAGCCGAGGCCCACAUGUGAAAUCCUGAUGGCGCUGCUGCCAGAGUCACUGUAGACCAGAGGGGAAAGCCCCCCAGGACUGCCAAGAUAUGACUUUUUCACUCCCAGGCAUUUCCAAAACACAUUUUGUGGCAGUCCCUCACUACACCAACUACACCAACAAAACUGCACCUUAUUGAUAGAUUUGUGCUUGGUAGAGCGCUUAACACAAGAGCUGGACUGUUGAGGCCUACCUGAUAUCAGUUUGGCUGAGGACGAGAUCAAGACAGAAUCUGAUGCGGUUGAAGGGAUGGAGGUAUCAGCACCUAAAGUUCCUGAUCUAGGGUCAGCAGAAGCAGCGCUCUCCGCUCAGAAGCGGAAAGCACCCAGUCCGCCUCACUCCUCUAAUGGGCAUUCACCUUCUGACACGUCUCCCACCGCCGCCAAGAAGAAGAAGAAACCUGGAUUAGUCACCAACAGCAAUAAAGAUCAGUGUGAGCUAAGACAUGGUCCAUUUUACUAUGUCAAGCAGCCAGCACUCACCACAGACCCUGUUGAUGUUGUGCCACAGGAUGGGAGGAACGACUUCUACUGCUGGGUGUGCCACCGCGAGGGCCAGGUGCUCUGCUGUGAGCUCUGCCCGCGCGUCUACCACGCCAAGUGCCUCAAACUGGCCGCCGAGCCCGAAGGCGACUGGUUCUGUCCUGAGUGCGAGGUACCCAGUGGAAAAAAAAUAACAGUUGCAGAAUGCAUUGAGACUCAAAGCAAAGCCAUGACUAUGCUGAAUCUGGAACAGCUGUCCUACCUGUUGAAGUUUGCCCUGCAGAAAAUGAAACAGCCAGGGACAGAGCCGUUUCAGAAGCCUGUCUCUCUGGAGCAACAUCCAGACUACGCAGAGUACAUCUUUCACCCCAUGGACCUGUGCACCUUAGAGAAGAAUAUCAAAAAGAAGAUGUACGGCUGCACUGAGGCUUUUCUGGCAGACGUGAAAUGGAUCCUACACAACUGUAUUAUUUACAAUGGAGGGAAUCAUAAACUGACUGCAACAGCAAAGGUUAUUGUCAAGAUCUGCGAGCAUGAAAUGAAUGAAGUUGAAGUUUGUCCAGAGUGCUACUUGUCAGCUUGCCAAAAGAGGGACAACUGGUUUUGUGAACCUUGUUCUCAGCCCCAUCCAUUGGUGUGGGCUAAACUGAAAGGUUUUCCUUUCUGGCCUGCUAAAGCUUUGAGGGAUAAGGAUGGCCAGGUGGAUGCUCGCUUUUUUGGCCAGCAUGACAGAGCCUGGGUGCCCAUUAACAACUGCUACCUCAUGUCGAAAGAGAUUCCCUUCUCUGUGAAGAAGACUAAGAGCAUCUUCAACAGCGCCAUGCAAGAGAUGGAGGUUUAUGUAGAAAACGUGCGCAAAAAGCACAGCGUCUUCAACUAUGCCCCGUUCAGAACACCAUACACGCCCAACAACCAGUUCCAGAUGCUGCUGGACCCAGGAAACCCCAAGAAAGGCACGGUCAUGGGGGAGAAGCAGGACAAAAUCAAGUUCAACUUCGACAUGACUGCAUCUCCCAAAAUGCUCUUGGGCAAGAGCAUGAUGCCAGCAGGGGCAGGGCGUAGGAUCUCCAUGACGGACAUGCCCCGAUCUCCAAUGAGCACUAACUCCUCCGUCCACACAGGGUCAGACCUUGAGCAGGACGCGUCAGAACGAGGAACAAAGGUGCCAUCCAGUCACUACAGUGCAGGAGAAGACUCAAUGGAUUGCACAGCAUCACCUACAUCUCAGAAGACCACAGGAAGCCCCAAACCCGUCUUGCCAACGUCUCUCAAACAGGAGAGGACCCAGGCCACUGGCAGCAUUCUCAACCUCAAUCUCGACCGCAUUAAAGCAGAGAUGGACCUAAAGGAGCUGAGUGAGACUGUACAGCAGCAACAACAGCAGCAGCAGGGGUCUUCUGUACUCCUCACCUCCCCUAAGAAACCCACCAGGAGUCUGGACAAGACCAUAGAGAGCUGCAAGGCCCAACUAGGAAUUCAAGAAAUCUCAGACGAUGUGGGUGUGGAUCACAGUGACUCAGACGAUUCGGACAAGUCUGACUCCAGCGACAGUGAAUAUGCAAGUGAAGAGGAACAUGAACCAAAGGAUGGCAAUCAGGACAAUGGCAUCCAUAAAGAGUCCAAAAAGAGGCCUAGACCUCAGUCUUCACAGCCGCAGGACAGCAAGGCGCCUCCGCCAGCAACGGUGGACAAGGCGGCGUCCGAGCCGCCCGCCAAAAAGAAACCCGCCAGUGUUCUGGAGAAGGAAUCCCAGGAGAAGCCAAGGACUGUACAGCAGCAGCCGCCCCAGAAAGAGAAGCCUUCAACUGGGCAGGAGGGCAAGGCCACGAAAAAUCAGGAUGCAGACUCGGACUCUGAGAGAGAACUAGUGAUUGACCUUGGAGAGGAGCAAGGAGGACGAGAGAGAAAGAAACCAAAGAGAGAGACGCCGUCAGCUCCCAGCUCUACGACCAAAGACCCAGCAGCCGUCAAAGCUGAAGGAAAAGCUCAGUCAACAGCCAGCGCAUCAGGUUCUCCAUCCACAGCCCCCAACUCCUCAUCCUCUACCCCCAGUGUGAAAGACUCAACUCAGCCAGCUUCCAAGCCUUCAAACAACUCCACCCAGCUGUCCAGCUCCACCAGCACUGCGUCCACGGCUCCGAACCCAGGAGUACCAGCGGUCCCCUCUACAGCAAACUCCACCUCCUCUGUGGUGAAGAAACAGCGCCCUCUGCUGCCUAAGGAGGCGGCCCAGCCUGGCCAGCCAGCGGUGGUAUGGAACCAGGCUGGGAAUAAGUUCCAGACAUCCUCUCAGAAGUGGCAUAUGCAGAAGGUCCAGAGACAGCAGAAUCAGCAAGGAGGGCAGCCGGCCUCUCAGCCGGCUUCACAGCCCCAGCCUCAGAGCCCAGCGGCUUCCGGCAGCGGCAGCACCAGCACCCGCUACCAGACCAGGCAGUCUAUGAAAGCUGUUCAGCAGAAAGACGCCUCGUCUGGCUCCUCCUCUAAUUCUAUACUGGCUGGAGACUUCCUCGCCCCUCCUGCCUCCGCUGAUGUAGCUGCUGACAUCGCCAAGUACACAUCUAAAAUGAUGGAUGCAAUUAAAGGAACAAUGACGGAGAUAUACAACGACCUCUCCAAAAGCACAACAGGAAACACCAUUGCUGAGAUCCGAAGGCUGAGGAUAGAGAUCGAGAAGCUCCAGUGGCUGCAUCAGCAAGAGCUUUCAGAGAUGAAACACAAUUUAGAGUUAACCAUGGCAGAGAUGAGGCAGAGUCUAGAGCAGGAGAAGGAGAGGCUGGUGUCUGAAGUAAAAAAGCAGAUGGAGAUGGAGAAGCAACAGGCUGUGGACGAGACCAAGAAGAAGCAGUGGUGUGCCAACUGUAAGAAAGAGGCCAUUUUCUACUGCUGCUGGAACACUAGCUACUGUGACUACCCCUGCCAGCAGGCGCACUGGCCCGAACACAUGAAAUCCUGCACACAAUCAGCUACAGCAUCUCAGCAAGAAACGGAGGAGGAGGCCUCUACAGUUUCAGCAGUAAAGCCUUCAGGACAAUCACCUAAAGCCCAGCCCUCUCCCACAGCCAACAAAACCUCGCCCGCACACAAAAACUCUCCACCCAUGGCAGAGAACACUAGGGGGAGCACUGGGGGCUCAGUGUCCUAACCAGCGCACUACAGACGUUAAUGCAUUUCUCCUAUAGAGUUCUUCAAAAGGUUACGGAUUCAUGAGGAACCUGGGGUCAUUUUGGUUGUGGAGCUUUUCGUUCUGCAUUUCUUUCCUCUUCCUCUGAACGCUAUGGUCACAAAGACAUCAGAAGCUUGAACCCCUUUCCAGCCUGGUUCACUACACCUGAGGGUAUGAGAUGGUGUUUGACUUCCUUUCAUGUAUAUUAUUAACUGUCAUUUAAUGUUUUUUUUAAUCUACAGAAAAUGUUUUGUACAAAACUUUCAUAUAAAAUAUGCAAAGAUAAUACUGUUUUUUACUCACUUAAGUUUUGUAUAGUGCAAAAGGUUUUUUGUUUUUUUUUAAAAGGUUACCGCUGCACUUAGGUGCCUCCAGAAAGGUGGAGCUUACUUUAUACUUUGAGGUUUUGAAUCUUGUGAACAUGCUGUGAGUUUACUAUUUCACCACCUGUUAAGGAAUGAUUGUUCAUUCUCAUGGAUUUCCACUACAUCUCCCAGGAGGACUCUGUAAUACUCUAUGUAGCUGUCUUAAUGAUAUCGUUCAUCCAGAAAAUGGUUUGCUUGACUUAAAACUGGGAAAAAAAACGAGCUACUGAGGGCCUUUCGUUUUAACUUUUAGCUCUUGGCAUCCCUUGUUUACAUAUUGUAAAUAGCAAAAGAAUAAAAGGAGACAAAUAUCUGUAAGGAAAAAAAAUAAAAUCAACUCUCCUCUGAAAGAAAAAUCCCUUGU